AUGGCCAAUACGGAACAAACCAACAAUCCUUCCAGCCCCUAUUAUCUUCACCCGGGAGAAAACCCAGGUAUUUCACUUAUUUCACAGAUUCUUGAUGAAUCAAAUUAUACUUCUUGGAGCAGAAGUAUGAGAAGGGCGCUAUUAUCCAAAAACAAGCUGAAGUUUAUAAAUGGAGAGAUCAAGAAACCGAAAAGAGAGGAUGCUCUUUAUGAUGCUUGGGAAAGGAAUAAUAUGAUGGUAUUGUCUUGGAUUAUCAAGACUCUCUCGGUUCACAUAGCUGAAAGUGUUGUCUAUGUUGAAGAUGCUCAAGAACUAUGGGAGGAGUUAAAAGAGAGGUUCUCAAAGGGAGACCAUUUCAAAUUUUCAGAUUUGCUGCAAGAAAUUCACUCCAUCAAGCAAGGGGAGAGAACUGUGAAUCAGUAUUUCACAUAUUUGAAAAUACUGUGGGAAGAACUCGAAUUUUUGAGACCCAUUCCUAGUUGUAGCUACAAGAUUCCUUAUAGCUGUGAUCUUUCAAAAGCUGGGCACAAAUAUAGGGAGAUGGAACAUGUUAUAUGUUUCUUGAAAGGCCUAAAUGAUUGCUAUAAUACUGUUAGAACGCAGAUUUUGCUAAUGGAACCCCUACCCAACAUUAAUCGGGUCUUCUCCCUCAUCAUACAACAAGAGAGGCAAGAAAGGCAAGAAAAACAUGAAUCUGGACACACUAGCCAGACUGAAAUUAAGGUGCUUGCCAGCAACACUGACAAACAAAGUAAUUGGAAGAAUGAUCAAAACUGGAAGGGCUAUGGACGUGGUUUUUCUGGUCGUGGACAAGGAAGGGGCAGAGGAAGAAAUCCUAACCAAGGAAAGCAAUGUUCCUAUUGCCAUAAAAUGAAUCAUACCAUUGAGGAAUGUUAUUCUAAACAUGGAUAUCCUCCAUGGUACAAGAAAGGUGAUAAUAGCGGACAGAACAGCUUUGCUCAGAAUCAGUGGGGAAAUACUAAUGUUUGCACCACUACAGCUGACCCACAAAACAACCAACACUCACAGAGUAAUCAACAAAGCAAUUUUAACAGCAUUCAAAGUACUUUCACUCCAGAACAAAUGAAAAGACUUCUCGAAAUGUUAGACAGCACAGAAAAGUCCUCACACAGUGUCAGUCAAAUUCACAAAGAUAUCAUAGAGGAUANACAAGGUAUGUUUUCCUGGAUAAUGGACACAGGAGCUACAGAUCAUGUUACCCAUGAUAAAAAUUCAUUCACAACAUUUUAUAAAAUCAAACCUAUAUCUGUUAGAUUACCAAACAAAUCCACUGUCACAGCCCAUUAUGCUGGAACAGUGCAGUUUUCUCCAAAUUUUACUAUUUUCAAUGUUUUAUACAUACCAGAUUUCACUUUUAAUCUAAUAUCUGUCCAAUCCUUGACUAAAGACACAAAUUGCAUACUAACUUUCUCUUCUGAGUUAUGUAAAAUACAGGACAGAACCACAUUGAGGAUGAUUGGAUGUGUUAAAGUAUAUAAUGGGCUCUACUACUUACAAAAUGCUGCAAAGGAACCUAACUCUUAUGCAGAGGCCAGAGGAAGUCUUGAAUGGGUUGAUGCUAUGAACAAAGAAAUUAAAGCCUUGGAGUACAAUGGAACCUGGUUCUUGACUAAAUUACCUCCUGGUAAGAAAGCUAUAGGCUGUAAGUGGGUUUACAAGAUCAAACAUAGAGCUGAUGGGACUGUGGAGAGGUAUAAAUCUCGGUUAGUUGCAAAAGGAUAUACCCAACAGAGGGUAUAG